CCUUGUUAACGUAAACAUGGCAUUUUCCGUCGUCCGCCCUGGAAAUCCAAAGAAUCCGCUUAACAUCAAUCGAAUAUCGCAGGAGGCGCACGCAUCGGCCCAGGCACAGACAGCAACUUGCAGCGUCGCAAGGCAGAUUCCCUUGGAGGCUUUCAAAACUAAUUCGGUCACCGGGUUCCAGAUGCGCCUACCGAUGCGGGUGGCUGAAAGCACUGGACGGCGCAGGCUCUGGCUGGCUUCAGCUGAAGGUCUAGAACCAGGAAAUCCCGCUUCACUUCUCAUCAUGGCAUCGCUCGUCUGCACCGAGUCCAAUCGACUCCCGGAGGCAGCCCAUGCCUGUGCUCUCUCGGUGUCUAUGGCGGGCAUGGCGAGUUUUGCUCCGGUGACCAGACAAGGCUCUGAGCGACCACUUGAAGUGAACAAGACUGAGCUCCCCCGCAUCCAAGAAGAAGAGCUGAGACGAUGUCCUGUCUCCCAUAAGCUCUGGGUACCCCAGAUGCCCAAGAUCCGUUCACCCUGA